AUGACAACAGCCAGAGACAGAAUCAGCAAGCUUGAAGAUGAGCUGCAGAAAAUGAACAGGCAGCAACAGAAAAUGGAAAAAGACCUCAAAAGAGCUUCAGGGCAAUAUGCGGAUAGCCCCCAUUUUGACCUGUAUGCAAGUUGUAGUCACUACAUCAUGGUGUUCAAAUUAAAGUACCUGAGUUUUGUGUCUGCAAACCAUGGAAUAUGCAAGCUGUGUCUAGAGGCAGGCAUAUCCCACAGGGUUUUGCAUGCUAUGGAACCUACAAGGUGUGUCUGUACACAGGUGAAUCCUGCAAGACAGUGUGUUUCUGAUCUCCACUUCUGCAAGCUGUGGAACCCCGAGGGCAUGUCUGUAUGUGGGCAAUUCCAACCUGUUUGUGUCUGCAUCCUGUGGCUCCUGCAUCACCCUGUCUUCAUGCACCUUGCAGAUAUUGCAAGGUCUGAGCACAUGCCCCAGAAUGGUGGAAGGGAAGAACAUUCCAGCCAGAGGCUGUUUUCGGAAGGCCAGGGCUUCAUCCUGGACAGGGUGCACUGGGAGUCAGAGUCCCUCUUCCAGGCCAUGCUGCAGACACCCUGGCUGCUGCUGGUGGUCCUCUGUCUGGGUGCUGGCAGUGAGGAUGCUGCCCAGGGACACAUCACCUCUCGUCUCCAUCUUAUCCAGAUCUCAACCUUUGUAAAUAGUUCCUCAGUCCAAAAGGAAGGCGCAGCCUGGUUGGAUGAUUUGCAGACUCAUAGCUGGGACAGUGCUGAGGACAAGGUCAAAUUCUUGAAGCCCUGGUCCAAAGGCAACUUCAGUACUGAGGAGCUGACGGAGCUGGAAGAUCUGUUCAGAGUUUUCUUCAUCGGGUUCACUCGGGAAGUACAGGACCGUGUUGAGGAAUUCCACUUUGAAUACCCCUUUGUGAUCCAGAGCUCAGUAGUAUCUAGGAAAUCGAUAGAACGAUUUUUGAGGGCAGCUUUAGGAGGACUGGAUUUCCUGAGCUUGAAAAAUAAAACCUGCAUGCCGGCUCCUGAGGGCGGAUGGAAAGCUCAAGUGGUGUGCCAAACUGUCCUGAAGUACAAAGGCAUGUGUGACACUAUCAGAAAGCUGCUCAUGGACACCUGCCCCAGGUUCCUGCUGGGUCUACUGGAUGCAGGAAAGGCAGAGCUCCAGAGGCAAGUGAGGCCUGAGGCCUGGCUGUCUUCCCGCCCCAGCCCUGGACCUGGCCACCUGCUGCUCGUGUGCCACGUGUCAGGGUUCUAUCCCAAGACCCUGUGGGCCAUGUGGGUGCGAGGGGAGCAGGAGCAGCCAGGAACUCAGCGAGUGGACACACUGCCCAAUGCUGAUGGCACGUGGUAUCUCCGGGUGACCCUGGACGUGGGAGUCAAGGAGACAGCUGGUCUGGCCUGCAGAGUGAAGCACAGCAGUCUGGGAGGACAGGACAUCAUCCUCCACUGGGGUGAGAAUGCCUCCUCCAUGACAAUGCUCCGGGUUGCCACCCUCAAAUGCCUCCUCCAG